AUGAAGUCUCCGUUUGGAACCAUUGGUAAGAAGCUCGGACAAUCCAGGAUUCAUCACGGCUCGUCGGAAGGAUUCCCUUCCGACGAGCUGGUUUCUAUACCACCUCGUCGGAAAGGGAAUACUUCCGACGAGCUGGUACAUAUACCAGCUCGUCGGAAGGGUUUCCUUCUGACGAGCUGGUAUAGAAACCAGCUUGUCGGAACGAAGGGCCGAUUUUGGUGCUACACCUGCGGCGAACAAGGACACCAUUCACCCAAGUGUCCGACCAAGUCAAACAAGAAACAAGGCAAGGCUUCCGCAAACGCAGCUGAAGCGCGCACAGGUGCAACCUCUGUAGUCACAUAUGGAAAUUACGAAUCUCAGGAAGAGGAUGAUAGCUUUGAUGAAGAAAUUGAUGUCUGGGGGUGA